AUGGAACUCAACCGCGCCCCAACACUUGAGGCGAUCUCCGCAUUCAUACAGUCGCAGAGAGCGCUGCUCUCUCAGACGCACUCUGAUAUAGAGCGUCUGAAGCAGCUUCGAAGAAAGGUGACUGUGGAUCCUCAAGGGUUUGUAGAAAGGAUAGAUCAAAAGCUUAAUGACGAUCUCUUUCACCGACACGAUCACCUAGACGGUGCAACCGGCUUUAUAAAGAGCAUUGACUGGGCGUUGUUUGAAGCAAAAGAACAAGAUCCUGCCAGGCUUCAUAUGCUUGCUUCCGACCUCCGCCUAAUCCAAUCCGAACGCGAGGUUCCAUCCUCAAGGCAGUGUUCGCCCCUUUCCCCUCUCCAGCGUCUAGUCAAGGAUGCCCGCCGCACGAUUCUCGAUCCUGUCCUCGAGUCUCUGGACUUUUCUUCCGACUCUGCUGACGAGAGUGACAAGCUGACACCCCAUGAGCACCGCAAGGAACGAGAACGUGCAAAGAUUCGGGAACUACGCAUGAGACGGAUUGGCGAGGGUGGGCUCACUCUUCCGAUAAAUGGAGGGCAAGAGGACGGAGUGUUCAUCAGGAGAGAUUUGGAUGACGAGAGCGGAGAAGUAGAUAUAUCCUUGCAGGACAUCAUGGAGUCGAGAGCGGUUGCGAUCAGGGCAAUGCAGGACACUUCUACGGAAGAUGCCAAACAGACGAACCUUCCUCCACUGCCAACAACCUCAUCUACCUUACAUUCUGCACCACCAAAACCUCUGCGCCCACGACGGUCGGCGACCAAGGCUCAACCAACGACUCCCCUAUCAGUAAAAAUCAACUUGCAGAGGAAAAAGCGUCCGCAAGAGCCAGAGCCCGAACAGGCACUCGAAGAAGAUGUCGAGUCACGUACCACCAAGCGGCCUCGAGGUUCUGGGAAGCCAAAACCAGAGACUUUCAACCAGGCGUGGUCGGUGUCCGAACAACAUCUUCUCGAGAGGCUUUUGGAGGAGAUACCAGAUGGAGAGAAAAAUCGAUGGGCAAAAAUAUCGAAAGCGAUGAAUGGCCGUCGCACUGCGAGACAAGUUGCCAGUCGAGUGCAAAAGUACUUUGAAAAGCUCAAAAGGUUCGGCGUACAAAUUAGCGGCACUCAGUCCGGAGGAGGCGCGAGCAGCAGUCGUGCUAGUAGUUUGCCAAUGACGAAGGAGGACACAUAUUGA